GUCCUUUACUAUGGCCCAACGUCACGGCGCUGGCCCCGCCCCUUAGCCAGCCGUCGCCAGGACGCUGGACGAGUAAGGCAGUCGCUGCGCGGACGCCGAACCGGGAGGCUGCCUCCCAAACCUGGGACCUUGGGCUGACCGAGUUCUCUGCAAGUCAGCCCUACCUGCACCGCUCCUGUCAGCUCAUCCUCUGGCACCCUGGCUAUUAACUCCUCAUUUGCUGAGCUCACUGGAAGGGCAUAGACAAGUUCUGCCACAAUGCUGCUGCUGCACAGAGCUGUGGUCUCAGCAUUCCGACACGCCUGCAGAUUCAAGUCCACCUCCUCAAAGCUCUGCAUUCAGGCCUGCUCUACGAAUGAUUCAUUUCAGCCCCAGUGCCCCAGCCUUACCUUUUCUGGUAAUAACUCCAGCACCAGGGAAUGGAGAGUCAUGGGGACCCUGCUAGGCCUUGGUGCAGUAUUGGCCUAUCAUGACCACCGGUGCAAGGCUGCUCAGGAGUUACCACGCAUAUACACAAGGGAGGAAGUAAGAUCCCACAGCAGCCCUGAGACUAGGAUCUGGGUGACUCUGGGCUCUGAGGUCUUUGAUGUCACAGAAUUUGUGGACCUACACCCAGGGGGGCCAUCCAAGCUGAUGCUGGCAGCUGGGGGUCCCCUAGAGCCCUUCUGGGCCCUCUACGCUGUUCACAACCAGUCCCAUGUGCGUGAGAUACUGGCUCAGUACAAGAUCGGGGAGCUGAGCCCUGAAGACAAGGCGCCCUCCACCUUGAAGACCUCUGACCCUUAUGCUGAUGAUCCUAUACGUCACCCAGCCCUGAAGGUCAAUAGCCAGCGCCCCUUUAAUGCAGAGCCCCCCCCUGAGCUGCUGACGGAAAACUAUAUCACACCCAACCCUAUCUUCUUCACCCGGAACCAUCUGCCUGUACCUAACCUGGACCCAGACACCUAUCGCCUCCAUGUAGAAGGGCCACCUGGAGGUCAGUCACUGUCCCUAUCCCUGGAUGACUUGUACCAGUUCCCCAAGCAUGAGAUCACAGUCACCCUGCAGUGUGCUGGCAACCGGCGCUCUGAGAUGACUCAGGUCAAAGAAGUAAGAGGUCUGGAGUGGAGUAUUGGGGCCAUUAGCACUGCACGCUGGGCUGGGGCACGGCUCUGUGAUGUGUUAGCCCAGGCUGGUCACCAACUCUGUGAAACUGAGGCCCAUGUCUGCUUUGAGGGACUGGACUCAGAUCCCACAGGGACUGCCUACGGAGCAUCCAUCCCUCUGGCUCGGGCCAUGGACCCUGAAGCUGAAGUCUUGUUGGCAUAUGAGAUGAAUGGGCAGCCUCUGCCUCGUGACCAUGGCUUCCCUGUGCGUGUGGUGGUUCCUGGUGUGGUGGGUGCCCGCCAUGUCAAAUGGCUGGGCAAAGUGAGUGUGGCAUCAGAGGAAAGUUACAGCCACUGGCAGCGGCGGGAUUACAAAGGCUUCUCUCCAUCUGUGGACUGGGACACUGUAGAUUUUGACUCAGCUCCAUCUAUUCAAGAACUUCCUGUCCAGUCAGCCAUCACAGAGCCCAAGGAUGGGGCGACGGUAGAGUCAGGGGAGGUGACUAUCAAGGGCUAUGCAUGGAGUGGUGGUGGAAGGGCUGUGAUCAGGGUGGAUGUGUCUCUGGAUGGGGGCCUAACGUGGCAGGUGGCUAAGCUGGAUGGAGAGGAACAGUGCCCCCGAAAGGCCUGGGCCUGGCGGCUAUGGGAGCUGCAAGCUCCUGUGCCAGCUGGGCAAAAGGAAUUGAACAUUGUUUGUAAGGCUAUAGAUGACAGCUACAAUGUGCAGCCAGACACCGUGGCUCCAAUCUGGAACCUGCGAGGCGUGCUCAGCAAUGCCUGGCACCGUAUCCAUGUACAUGUGCGUGCCAACCCAUGAGAAGAUGAGAUGGAACCAUCUACUCCCCAGAACCACCUUCUCAACCCGUUUCCACUUCUGUCCUUUGGCCUUAUUACCACAGAAAAACCUUUCCCUCCAUCUCUCCACUUCUUGGAUCACAACCCUGUAUUAUGCCUUCCUAAGCCACACACAGGUACACACACUGCACAUUUCCACCCAGGCACCCGCCCUCCUCUGACACUAUGUUACAAACCCCUCCAGGCCAGCCACUCACCCUGUGCCAGGAAGUGAGAGCUGCUGAAGCAAGGGGCUACAAGUGGGAAAAGUGAUUCCGGAGACAGCACUAUUUUCCAACUCCACUGCAUUCUAAUGCCUGUCACCACCGAGGCCUUCUUUUGCUUUUCUUCUUCGAUUCUUCAGAGAAGGUGUGUGGAUAUAUGUAAGAAAAUUGUGUAUGCAACUUUCAACUGCCUCUCUGGGUUACCAGGGUUUGUGAGGGGCACAGUCCUCUCCCUUUACAGUUCCACUUUUCUAAAUACACUAAUAAAGUAUUUGUUUAAGUCUACAA